AUGGCCAAGUUAGAGACCCUGUCUGUUCUUAGUGACCCAAGCUACCAGAGCCAGGACACCUUCCACUCGUUUGCCUCCAGGCCCUCUGAAUCUGCCUCCCAAAACACUAUGGGAAGCGUGGGCAGCGGAGUCGCCAAUGAGCAAGAGUUUGCGAUGAAGAGCGUGGGAACCAGGACUCAGAGCAGCAGCAGGCAGGCUGAUGGCUCGCGGAAUGGCUAUUCCACACGGGAGAUCUCUAACCGUUACUCCGGGGAGGAGAAGACCUACAAGUCAGAGAAGAUCUCCAACUCCCUCUACAUCAAUGGGGACCUGCGCAAGAGUGAGAAGAUGAAGACAGACAUUUGUGGGAACGUUACCACCAACAACGAGAAAAACCUGCCGCCUCCUCCCCAGUACAGAGAACCCAGUAACCCACCAAAGAUAUUGCCGGUCUCUGGCAAAUUGGACCAGAGCAAUGAGCCCUUAGUUAGACCUUCAGCCUUUAAACCAGUAGUUCCUAAAAACUUCCAUUCCAUGCAGAAUCUCUGCCCGCCGCAGAACAAUGGAAUAACAGAGAACAGAAAGAGUUUGAAUCACACCAACAGCAAUAGCCCAUCUGCAGGCAAAAGCGGACUGGAGAAGACCAGCCUUAAUAGGACUACAAACCAAGUGGGAGGUCUUUCCGAUUCUGGCCGUAACUCUUUGACGAGCUUGCCCACUUACGGGACGGGCUACAGUCAGCACGUUGGCCCAAUGAGUGCUUCAACUAGUCACAUAAACCGCAUUGGCACAACCUAUGUAGAUAAGAACAUAGUGGGAUACAAUGGAAUAUCUACCUCAGACAGUGGACGGUCUUCAAGCAAGAGUACUACUUCUUUCAAUAGGCUCAACCAUCUGAAUGAAACAAUGCCUUUCCAUUCACCCUCGACAGAUGACGUUAUCCAGGACCUGGAGGACAGGCUGUGGGAGAAGGAGCAGGAGGUCUUGCAGAUGAGAAGAAACCUGGACAAAAGCGAGGCUGCCAUCUUCCAAGUGUUUGAGGAGAAGCAAAAGAUCUGGGAACGUGAAAUGGAGGACCUCAGGCAAAAUUAUGCAAAUAAACUGCAGCAGGUCUCCAAGAAGGCCCAGCGGGCUCAACAGGCCUUGCAGCUCCAGAUCUUCAAGCUCCAGCAAGAGAAAAAAAAGCUCCAGGAUGAUGUAGGGCAACUUCUCCAGCAGCGAGAAGAGCUGGAGAAAAAAUUUGUGGCUUUCAAGAAAGAACAGGCUGAGUUUCUUCCCAAGAUUGAAGAAACCAAGUGGGAGGUGUGCCAGAAAGCUGGUGAGAUCUCACUACUCAAGCAACAACUGAAGGAUUCACAAGCUGACGUCUCUCAGAAACUGAACGAGAUAGUGGGGCUGCGGACUCAGCUCAAAGAAGGUAAGAACUUCCUGAAAGAGAAGGAAGAGCAGAUCGUCACCCUGAAAGACUCCUACAGCUCCAAGACUGUCAACCUGGAGAUCUGCGAGAAUGAGCUGCAGAGAAAGAUGAAUGAGGUGCAGAUGCUAAGGGAAAAACUCAACCACUGUGAGCUGGAGGUCUCUGGCCUGAAGCAGACGCUGGCCAGCAUGGGGCACCAUGGCCAUUUCAAUGCAGAGCUCACCGAGAAACUAAGGGACCCGUUGGCAUGUGAGAGCGAUGAGGCCAAGAUGAAGCGCCAGAACGAGGACAGUGUCAUUGCCCUGAAGAAGGAGGUUGAGCGGCUCCAGACGGAGCUGAAGCUGGAGCGCCAGCAGCGGGAGCAGCAGGUGAUGGACUUUGAGGAGGAGCGGCGCACGUGGCAGGAGGAGAAGGAGAAGGUGAUCAAAUACCAGAAGCAGUUACAGCUGAACUACGUGGAGAUGUACCAGAAGAACCAGCUCCUGGAGCACAAGGUGAAUGAGAUGACCACCAAGGCUACCAGCCCGCCUUACACCGAGGAGAAAAAACCAUGGACUCCAUCCAGGCUGGAGCGAAUAGAGUCCACUGAGAUCUAA